GCCCCUCGCUCUCGGGUGUGGGGCGGGCGGGCGCUGCGGCGACCGCGGCUGCUGCUUCCUCAGGCCAUUUUGCCGAGGAGCGACCGGGGAGGAGGAGCGCCGCGGAGACCCUAGGCGAGGAGCAGUGAGCCGGAGGAGGCGGCGGCCGCACGGGGCACGGGCUUUCCUCGAUCGCGGGGAUCUCCCGGGGAGACGGGAUCGCCGGGGAGGGGGACCGGAGAGCCGCGCCCCGCCGCGCGGCGCGCCCCUUCCCGCCCCCUGCACCAUGAGCUGGGGCAUCGAGCUCUGGGAUCAAUUUGACAACUUAGAAAAACACACACAGUGGGGAAUUGAUAUUCUUGAGAAAUACAUCAAAUUUGUAAAGGAGAGGACAGAGAUUGAACUCAGCUAUGCAAAGCAACUCAGGAAUCUAUCAAAGAAAUACCAACCUAAAAAGAACUCGAAGGAGGAAGAAGAAUACAGGUAUACGGCUUGCAAAGCCUUCCUUUCCACCCUGAAUGAAAUGAACGAUUAUGCUGGGCAGCAUGAAGUCAUCUCCGAGAAUAUGACCUCUCAGAUCAUUGUGGAGUUAGCUCGCUACGUCCAGGAACUGAAGCAGGAGAGGAAAUCGCACUUUCACGAUGGACGGAAGGCACAGCAACACAUAGAGACGUGCUGGAAGCAACUAGAAUCAAGUAAAAGACGUUUUGAGCGGGAUUGCAAAGAGGCCGACCGAGCCCAGCAGUACUUUGAGAAAAUGGAUGCUGACAUAAAUGUUACGAAAGCAGAUGUUGAAAAGGCACGACAGCAAGCUCAAACGCGUCAUCAAAUGGCGGAGGAGAGCAAAGCAGAUUACUCAUCAGUUCUUCAGAAAUUCAACCACGAGCAGCAUGAAUAUUACCACACUCACAUUCCCAAUAUCUUUCAGAAAAUACAAGAGAUGGAGGAGAGGAGGAUAGUGAGAAUCGGAGAAUCAGUGAAGACAUACGCAGAGCUGGACCGGCAGGUGAUCCCCAUCAUUGGGAAAUGCUUGGAUGGAAUCGUAAAAGCAGCCGAGUCAAUUGAUCCGAAAAAUGAUUCACAGCUGGUCGUAGAAGCUUAUAAGUCUGGGUUCGAGCCUCCGGGAGACAUUGAAUUUGAGGAUUACACUCAGCCUAUGAAACGCACUGUGUCAGAUAACAGCCUUUCAAAUUCCAGAGGAGAAGGCAAAUCAGAGCUCAAAUUUGGUGGCAAAUCCAAAGGAAAGUUAUGGCCGUUCAUCAAAAAAAAUAAGCUUAUGUCCCUUUUAACAUCCCCCCAUCAGCCUCCCCCACCUCCCCCUGCCUCUGCCUCACCCUCUGCUGUUCCCAACGGCCCCCAGUCUCCCAAGCAGCAAAAGGAACCCCUCUCCCAUCGCUUCAACGAGUUCAUGACCUCCAAACCCAAAAUCCACUGCUUCAGGAGUCUAAAGCGUGGGACUCAGUCUCUCUGUUUUCACAAAGAACUCAUGAAGAGGACGAUAGGGAAACCCACGUAUGCUUUUGAAGCUAGGGACUAUGUUCUUUCUCUCAAGCUGGGCGCGACACCAGAAGAUUUCAGCAACCUCCCACCCGAACAGAGAAGGAAAAAGCUCCAACAGAAAGUCGAUGAAUUAAAUAAAGAAAUCCAAAAGGAGAUGGAUCAAAGAGAUGCCAUCACAAAAAUGAAAGAUGUCUACCUAAAGAAUCCGCAGAUGGGAGACCCCAGCAGUUUGGAUCACAAAUUAGCAGAAGUCAGCCAAAAUAUAGAGAAACUGAGACUAGAGGCCCAGAAAUUUGAGGCCUGGCUGGCUGAGGUCGAAGGCCGACUCCCAGCCCGCAGCGACCAGGCCCGUCGGCAGAGUGGGAUGUAUGAGACGCAGAAUGCCCCCUCGGUCAACAACUGCGCGCAGGAUCGGGAGAGCAGCCCCGAUGGCAGUUACACAGAGGAACAGAGUCAGGAGAGUGAGGUCAAAGUGCUGGCCACAGACUUCGAUGACGAAUUUGAUGACGAGGAGCCUCUCCCUGCCAUAGGGACAUGUAAAGCCCUCUACACGUUUGAAGGUCAGAAUGAAGGAACCAUUUCAGUAGUUGAAGGAGAGACACUGUACGUAAUAGAGGAAGACAAGGGCGACGGGUGGACCCGAAUUCGGAGAAAUGAAGAUGAAGAGGGUUAUGUUCCCACUUCCUACGUCGAAGUCUAUUUGGACAAAAAUGCCAAAGGUGCUAAGACUUAUAUUUAAUACAACUUAAAAAAAAAAAACCCAAAACUAAAAUUGGAGUUGUUUCUCCCCACAAUCAUGACUGUUACAGGCAGUUCUUCAAAAGACUGGAUGGGGAGCAUCACCGUGCGUGUUUCUUUUAGGCACAAAGUGGAUGUUCAGGCAUCUUAGACCUGAAUUUCCUGGGCUGGUUUUGAUGAUAAUCCAGUGUUACUUGCUCAUGACAUUUUCCGUGGAAAGCUGCCAACUGCCAAUUUACAACUGUGUCCUUUGAAAUCUGAUAAACAUUUCUUCUUGGGGCAGCGACUGUAGAUAACCAAAAAGUUGCCUUCUAGCUUCUUAUUCGUAUUUCUGAAUCUAAAAGCCCAUGCGCGUCCUAGGGGUGCGGAAGACUUCAGCUCUCAUUAAUAUCUAGUAUCUGCCAGAAAGUGAACCACAUUAGAAUGUUACAGUUUGUAACUUCAUAAACUGAACUGUGCUAGUUUGUUAAGUUUUACAGUUGUUCAUUUUGGAGGAAGUCAUCAAUAAAGAAUAGCGUAAGUAAAGAAUGAUGUUGGUACCACAAGUGUGUAUAUUUCCUUAAACAUGUUUAAGAUCAUUGUUAGAGCACCGUGUUAUCCGGUUAUGUCAAUAUGAUCCUAAACAACCAAUUGAAUUAUGGAAAACUUUGGUCUUUCAACCAGUUGAUUUUCACAUAUGACUACUGAUCUGUCUUUUGCCAGUUGACAGAGUUGAUCAGAUGUGUUAGAGCUGUUUAGAUAAAUUACGUAAAAACAACUCUCCUCAUUCUGUUCUGUUGGAGGUUUUUUGUGCCCAGGUGGGGCUGUGAAUAGACCCUUGUAAGCAACACACAGAACCCAGCACAUCACUUUUUAAGGUUCUUUUGGUUUGUGUUUUAAUCAUUGGCAUCAUUAAGACCCAAAGUGUAUAUUUACUGAAAAUCGUUUUAGAACUUCUAGAUCCUUUUAUGUAAUAACCAUAAAGUGGUUAAUUAUAUAAUGAAGCAUUUCACCAUCUUAAAGGAAUCUGGGUCACAUGGGGAUUUGCAUUUUUAAAUCAGCAGGCCAGGUAGUGAAACGGGACAUUCCCAAUGGUUGUGCUCAUGUCUAGAGUCUUGCCUGAGUUCACAGAGAACCAGCUAAAAAUGAGUCAGAGUAAAGGCAUAGGAUUGAGAUUCUCUUUUUCUUUGGCUUUGAAAAUUAUUUAUUCAUUUCCUUCCUACUUUUAAAUAGGAAAUCAGCUCCUUGCUUCUACACUGUGGACUCCUUUUAGAAAGUCAGGUCGAUUUAAAUUUGAUUUUAAAACCGACAGCAAUGCAUUAUGGGGUCUAGGACCUGGCAGGAGUUAUGGGUGCCUGUGGCAGAUUCUAGAAGAAAGUUCUUUUACAUUUCCCAGGGGCCACUCCAUUAUUCUUGCCUGGAGAAUCCCCAUGGACAAAGGAGCCUGGCGACUAUUGUCCAUGGGAUCGCAGAGUCAGACACGACUGAACGGCUAACACCUUAAGGGCCACCAAAAUGGAAUGUAGUAACCUUUACCUAAUGACUGCCUGAUUUUUAAAACACUUUUCAUUUUUAAAUAAUCACAGAUUGUCAGGAAGUUGCAAAGAUAGUAGAGAGAUCCCCUUUAUCCAGCUUCCCCAAGUGGUUACAUCUGACAUAAUUGUGAUCCAGUACCAAAAACAGGAAACUGACACUGGCCAGCCUGAUUUUGUUUUUUUAGUAUAAUUUUGUCAUUUAAAUUUCUUUUGCAUUAUUAUACCUUUGCUGCCGUAAUACCAAUAAAGCCACCAUCCUGACCCCAGAUCUCUCAGGAGAAUCAUUUCAUCCAUACCACAGCAAAGAAAAUCAGUUGGCCCUUAACCCAGUAGAUGGUCACAGCCUUGGGCAUGUAACCAAGUAAAUACCUAAGACGUUAAAACCCAGGAUGAACUCAUUUCCAGACUGAAGUAUUGGAGAAAACAAACUAGGCACUGAAAAAAAAGUCUUAAAAUGAGGCAAGGCAAUAUUAGGCUUUUUAAAGCCUGACUUGAAAAGUAUGGCAUGCCAUGAAGUCGGUUGAUUUUUGAUUUAUUUGUUUGUUCGUUUUGCUUUUAUUCCCCUCCUCUUUAGAGCUGUGCAAACCUAAUUCAGGAAAUAGCUCAACUGUCUUUUGGAUAUGGGUGGGGCGAUUUGGGCACAUAAAUUAUGAUCAUUAUUUUAGCUUGUAUGCCUCAGUACCUUCAACCAGAUAAAUCUGGGUCCUAGUGACUCAACGGCAGAAGAUGCUUUUUUAGUUUCAGGUCCAUCUAAGUCAGUGUGCAAAGGAUUAGCAGAAGUCUUAAAACAAUUCCCAAAGAGUCAGGAAUUUCCAUUUCCACCCCCAAAGCACACUUUGUGUUCUUCUAACAGUUAAUCUGUCAAAAGUAGCAAAGCCUCAGCUUGCGUAUAAAGUUUUCUCCUUUUAUGUAGAGAGGCACUUAGAAGCUAAUAAUGGAUGUAGAAUCUUUCCUUCCCCUACCUUGUUCAUAAGUCUGUUCAGCCUGCCCCACAAACACUGCCCUCCCUUCAAGCCCAUCCCAGCCGGGUGGGGCUGCUGCUUUCCGAUGCCUGAGACUCAAGAGGAGUUGUCUUACUGUCAGUAAUGCCGGCGCACUUUUGUGUGUGUGUGUGUCUACCAAGUGACUAUUUAGUAGCUGCCAAAAUAGUUAGACUAGAGUGAGUUCCAUUGGCCAACUGAAUUGUGACUGUCCUCCUUUAUGGUUCUGUUUUGUUCUGUUUUUUUUUUUUUUAAUUGCUCUCUGUGAAAUAUGUCCAUAACCUCCCCCCCCAAUCUAUUUGUAUAUACUGCAAUAGAAAAACUAAAAGGAUUACUUGAAUUCGUUGUUUUAACGUUUUACUCUUUUAUUUGUUUGUUUUAUUGGUGAUUCUGCUGCCUAAUGACCUUUUUGUUUUUGUAACCGCUGGGGAAGCCGGAAGGACGGUUACACUGGUAGCUAGGUCCCCUGCCGGCUGAUCCGCACUUGAGUUUAUUGUAGACACUUGGGUUCUGAGUAAGUUUUGUUUGAAUACGACCAACGUGACUGUUUCCUCUCUCCUCCUUAUCUUCCGAGAAAAGAAUCUGUGUGACCUUGUAGUUGUACCCUCGUAUCUGCCUCUCUAAUAAACGUUAUAUUUUUCUCA